UUGUAUUAUAAUAGUUGAACAACACUUACAUAACGAAGUUUAUGACAAGAACAUAGUACAUCACGCCGCUGGCCACUCAAAAGCAGAAAGUUACGAAUAGAGCCGACAUUUGAACUGACCCCAUCACUUCCCGGUUGUGUUACGCAGACAGAACUAUAUAUAUCGAUCGGUGCGCACUACGCAUGGCCUUCUCGUCCUGCACUUCCGCUGCUAUCCUGCGCACAUCCCUCACACCCCCUCCUUCCCUCCGCCGUUCUCCGCCGUACACCCCUCCGAUCUUCCAAUCACUCGUCGCUAACCCACCGGCUUGCUCUCUCAGACUGCACAAGCCCUCGAGAAUCGGCGUGAAUCCCGAGAAAUUCCACCACAAAGCGAGCUCGUCAAUGGCUGGAAUCGCGACCGAGAAAGCCAAGGGUAAGGUGCAGGUGUUCGAUUCCGAGGAAGAUCUGGCAGUGUCUCUGGCGAAGCACACCGCCGAUCUAUCGGAUAAGUUUGCCAAACGGAGAGGCGCUUUCACCGUUGUUUUAUCUGGAGGUUCUCUGAUCAAGUCACUCAGGAAGUUGGCGGAAGCUCCAUAUAUUGAUGCGGUGGGGUGGUCGAAAUGGCAUGUGUUCUGGGUGGAUGAGAGAGUGGUUCCUAAGGAUCACGAAGAUAGCAAUUACAAGCUUGCCUUUGAUGGCUUUCUAUCUAAGGUACCUAUCCCCCCUGGUAACGUCUACGCGAUCAAUGAUGCACUGUCAGCAGAGGGUGCAGCCGAUGACUAUGAGACCUGUCUCAAACAUUUGGUUAAGACAAACAUAAUAGACGUCUCUCAGGCAACUGGACUUCCAAAAUUCGACCUCAUGCUACUGGGUAUGGGUCCCGACGGGCACGUGGCUUCUCUGUUCCCCGGGCAUCCGCUCGUCCAAGCGAACAAGCAGUGGGUGGCGUUUAUCAAGGACUCACCAAAACCUCCGCCAGAGAGGAUUACUUUCACUUUUCCUGUAAUCAACUCGUCCGCAAAUAUUGCGCUUGUAGUAGCAGGAGCUGGUAAAGCCAACGUAGUUAAUGUGGCACUGGGUAAUGGUCAGAGUUCGGAUUUGCUGCCGGUUCAGAUGGUUUCGCCCGAGGGGGAGCUGACAUGGUUUCUGGACAAGGGAGCAGCUUCGCACCUGUAGGGGGUUAUGGUUUGAUGCAAACUAUGAAGUAGAGCUUUGUACCUUGUAUUUGAAGGCCUGAUCAGAGUAAGCUUAUGUAUGUAUCAGAGGAUUUUCCAAGAUGGUGUUGAUAAGUGAGGUUUUUCUUCACUCUUGCUAGAGAGUAGAGCGUUUGAACAAUGCGAGACCCCACAAUAAUGUCGUAAUGUUCCUUUUGGAUGUGUCGUUAAGUGUCAUCUGUGCUCUCUUCGUGCUAAUGUAUAGGAAGGAUUGGCUUUUUAUUCUUCCAAGUGGAGGCGGGUUUAGAGCAAUGUUUCAAGAUACGGUACCAAAUAGGGUGUCGUUUUUGUUACUGGUACGGCAUGUAGCAGUACCGGUGCCGGUACAAUACCGGGUACCAUUUCGAAUUCCUCGUUAUACCUAUGUAAGUACCCAAAAAAUAAUGUAUUCGGCUAAAAUUUUAACGUCCAUUUUAUGUAA